ACAGAUUCGGUUCGUGACCGUGAAGACUACCUCAAGCAGUCUGAGAGACUCUUCAUCCUACAACCAUUUACAGUUGGAGCUCUCAAGAACAUGCGCAAUUACGAAGGUCAGACACCAGCUGGAGACCGCAAAACAGACGUACUCGCAAGAGCAGUCCAACUGGUCAAGACAAAGACGGAGAUAGUUGACUUCAUUCUUGCAGCUUGCCCAUACAAGUAA